AUGGCUUACAAAACUCCGUUAGGCACAACUCCGUAUCGGUUGGUGUAUGGCAAAGCUUGUCAUUUACCGGUCGAAAUGGAAUAUCUUUCACAAUGGGCCGUCAAGGAAAUUAAUUUAGAUCUAGAGAAGGCCGGUGAAGCGAGACUUCUUCAAUUGAACGAGCUAGAUGAGAUUCGGCUUGAUGCUUAUGAGAACCAUAGGCUCUACAAGGAGCAAACGAAGAAGUUUCAUGAUAAGAUGAUCCAAACUCGGGAGUUCAAUAUUGGUGACAAGGUGUUGCUUUAUAACUCAAGACUUCGGCUCUUUCCUGAAAAGCUUAAGUCUAGAUGGUCCGGGCCUUUCACAGUCACUGAUGUCAAAGCACACGAAGCCAUUGAGGUUGCUAGUGAAAAUGGCACGAAAUUCAAGGUAAAUGGACAACGUUUGAAGCUAUAUACCGAGGGUGCUUUUAUUGGUAAAUUGGAGACGAUUUAUCUCUCCGAUCUACCAAUUGAUGUUUGA